AUGGUUACUCCAGCGCCCAAGUUCAAAUAUCAGCCCCUCCACUUAGAGCUGGGCAACUUCCGACCAGCCUCCGUGUUCCCCUUUUUUGGGCUCGCUGCCCCCACCCCAGAUUUCACCCUGGAGAUCUUGAAGACCCUCGAGAAAAGCCACGUGGGGGGCUGGUUCCCCUGGGGCUUCCUCCCGUCCCCCGACUGCCUGAUCCUCUGGAGCGUUCCCGACGUCUGCAAAGAUGUGGACUUGGACGUCCUCGUGGAAGCCUUGAAGCCCGUGGGCACCUUUAAGAAAAUCGGCAAGGUGUUCCGCAGGGAGGAGGACUCCACGGUGGGGGUGCUGCGCAUCGGGGAGGACGUCGACUCUUUGCUCAUCCCCCGGGAGGUCAGGCUGGCGGGGGGCGUCUGGAGGGUCAUCUCCAAGCCCGCCACCAAGGAGGCGGAAUUUCGGGAGCGGCUGACCCAGUUUCUGGAGGAAGAAGGCCGCACCCUGGAGGACGUGGCCCGCAUCAUCGAGAAGAGCACCCCGCACCCGCCCCAGCCCCCCAAAAAGCCCAAGGAGCCCCGAGUGAGGAGGAGAGUCCAGCAGAUGGUGACCCCUCCUCUCCGGCUUGUCGUGGGCACCUAUGACAGCAGCAAUGCCAGCGACAGCGAGUUCAGCGACUUCGAGACCUCCAGACAGAAGGGUACCAAGGGCCGCGAAGGCUCCGGGCACGGCAGGAAGGUGCGCAAAAUGCCCGUCAGUUACCUGGGCAGCAAGUUCCUGGGGAGCGACGUGGAGAGCGAGGACGACGAGGAGCUGGUGGAGGCCUUCCUCCGGCGCGGGGAAAAGCAGCCCAGCGCGCCCGCCACCCGCCGCCGCGUGCACCUGCCCGUGCCCAUGUUUGAGGAAAACCCGGGGCCCCAGCCGUCCAAGGCGGACAGGUGGCGAGAAUAUGUCAGCCAGGUGUCCUGGGGGAAGCUGAAGCGCAGGGUGAAGGGUUGGGCGCCGAGGACCAGCCCGGGAGUGGGCGAGGCCGGGCAGGCCUUGACCAGGGUGGAGAGGGAUGGAGUGCCAGGCGGCGCUGGCCCCGAGAACGUGGGAGAUGGGCUGGAGCCUGAGACCCCGCCAAGACGAUGGAAGCCUAAGAUCAACUGGGCUUUGUUCAGGCGGUGCCGGAGGCAGGAAGCAGCAUCCACAGCUCAGGGGACAGAGGCUGCGGACAAUCAGAGAGUGGAGGCUGCAGAUAAUCAGGGGGCAGAGGCCAUAGCUGACCAGGGGGCAGAGGCUGCAUCUGAUGGGGCGGAGGCUGCAGCUGACCAGAGAGUAGAAGCUGCCCAUAAUCAGAGGGCAGAGGCCCCAGCUGGCCAGGAAGCGGAAGCCUUAGCUGCCCGGAGGGCUGCAGGAGCAACCCCAGGAGCCAGGGCCCGGAAACAGGUCAAGACAGUGAGGUUCCAGACCCCUGGGCGCUUUUCAUGGUUCUGCAAGCGCCGGAGAGCCUUCUGGCACACUCCACGGCUGCCAGCCCUGCCCAGGAGAGUCCCCAGAGCAGGCGAGGCCAGGAGCCUCAGGGUGCUGAGGGCUGAGGCCAGAGCAGAAGCAGAGCACAGAGAGCAGGAGGACCCACUGUGAGACGAGGGCAGGGAGGCCGCAGGGCACCCCCCACCUGCCGCCGCGCUUGAACAUGGAGGUAGAGCGAGGGGCCGGGCAGCACCCCUCACCUCUGCCCCUAUCACCCCUCUUUCUUUUCAUGCUAAAAUUUUAUCUCUCAUGCAUUGAUUUUAAAGAUACAGACUCUUUGUAGUAACCCAAGGAGUGUGAAGGAAGAAACCCGUACAAAGCAGAGGCAUUGACUUCGUUAAAGGCAACUCUAGGUGCUUGAAAGAGAGAAUGAGGCCUGGGAGGAAUCCGCCCUCCCCCCGCCCGCCCCGCUUUCUCGUGUCACCUUUGCCUGCACAUUUCACACUGACUGCCUCCUCGAACUUGCAAAGCGGGCACACGCCAACAUGCAAAUAAAAAUGUUUACAAACUUA